AUGUUCUGGCUCUUCUAUCCGGGAAUCCUCUUGCUUAUGGUGGUGUUGUGCGGGAAGAAAAAAGAUGCCGUGCCGUCGAUCAAGGAACGCGCGUACGGCGCAUCCGUCAUGGAGGAGACGAUCCUAACAGCGGAAUCCAGGGAUAGCAAGCAGAGCGGCCAGAGUCGUAGCAAGGGCAGCAAGCAGAGCACCGGCAAAUCGAACGAGAAGAGG